AGACACACACAGGCAGGGAGACACAAGAAGCGGAUUGCAUUAAAUGCAUACUUGUUGUGCAAACAAGCAGAUCAUUGCCAAUGGCUUCUGCUCGCCUGCAUUUAAUAUAACGCUCCCUGAGACAUCUGCUGACCUCUGGGGUCAGGAAAAGUAGGACAUAAUAAUAAUAUGUGUUCUUUCAUCCUUCCUUCCUCACUGAAGACCUCUCUCGCCUUGUUCUGGAGCGCCCAGCCUGCUCAAUAAUGGCUACUUCCUGAGUAAUCCACUGGCCACAAGAAGGGGAUACAGCCCCGAGCCCCUGAACAGGACAGAUUUGAAGCUUCUGCACUGAACCCAUGAACAUCUCCAGUGCUCAUGUAGGAUUAUCAUGAUACAACAUGGAGUCUGCAGAGAGGAUAACAACAUCAAACCCAUCCGCAGUGACUUCUUCCUCACCUUCUACCCAAUCUGUAGCAUCAGUGGUGACUAAAGGAGGCCUUUCCGCAGGAGUCAACCCUCUGAGCUCCUCGAUUUGUGGACACUUGUUCAGAGCUUCUGGAGAUCAACCAUUCAAUCUGUCCAGUGCCUUUCCAAUGAUCAGCCACCCAGUUUUCGGCCUGCACGCAGCCAGCUCAGGACAUUCCGAAUUUGGUGGUUUGGGAACGCUUGGUGUACCCACAGCCUUAGCAGCACAUCCCCAGUUAGCACCUUUCCCAGAAUGGUGGAGAGCGACAGAUCCGCACACCCGCGCUGCUUUCUUCCCCCCGUUGCUUGGAAUCCCACCCAUAUUUACUCCCCCAUCCCAGAAUCAUGACUCCUCCUUUCAUCUGCGAGGUGCUGGGAAGAACAACCGUGGAGGAACCGAGAAGGGUAUGAAUGGAUCUGUUAAUGGAGCCAGCCCCACACUAGUGACCAGUAACUACACCUCUGUGUUAUCAACCACUACCACUAAUAGUCCAGGACAGGUGAAGAUUGCAAGCUCCGGAGCGGGGAGCCGUGCAAGCAGCCAGGAGCAAAGCAAAUCUGAUGGCAGAAGUGAAAAGAAUAAAGAUAAGCAAAAACAAAGGAAGAAAACUGUUGAAAGUUCCAGUUCCAGCGACUCCGGGUCCUCAUCCGAUACGUCAAGUGAUGGAGCCAGUAGCAGUGAUUCUGAUGACUUGGAGGAAGAUGACCAAAGCAUAGAAGAGAGUGAUGAUGACGACUCUGAAUCUGAGAGUGAAGCACAAACUAAAAAUAAGAGCAAGGUGCUAAUUCAUAACAUCCCUGACCUGAAACCAGAUGGAAACCAACCGGAGAAGUUGCCGGAGAAACGCGUACACCAGCAGUUACCUCUUGUUCCCGAUUCCCAGAACCGCUCACCAUUCCAGUCCCAGCCAAAACAUCCUCAGGUUUUGUCCCAGCAUCUUCCUUUUAUAUUCCAAAGCUCUCAGGCCAAGGAGGAGGCUGUGAACAAACACACAAGUGUAAUACAAUGUACAGGACUGGUCUCCACUACCAAACCUCUUAGUUUGCUUAAUCAAUCCAGUAAGGAUUCCAGCUUGAAGCAUGGAGCCCCCUCUUCUGAUGGACUCAAACCAGGAAACAAAAAUACCUCUGAAGAACCCAUGCCUCAACCCAGCGACUUGAGAAUUAAAAGGGAUCACCACAAACAAGCAUUCCCUGCACAACUAAACAAGCCCCAGGACGGCUCCAAGCACCAGAAAAAUACAAUUGUAUCACCACCAGUUCCCAGUCCCAUUUCUAACUCCAUAUGUCACCAACAGAAAUCCGUAGAGAAUAGUCACUCCAAUCGCUUCCUAACAAACGCUCUGUUGGGAAAUCACCAGCCAAAUGGAGUCAUUCCCUGUGUUAUCCAGGAUGCCCCCCUGGCGCUUACCACCAAAUCAAAGCGGGAAAAUAAAUUGAGUGAAAAUAUAGUGGUUUCCACUAGCGCCCAGUUUUCCUCUCCAAUCAACCUGAGUUCCUGUGUGAAAAAGAAUUCAUCCAGCAAAUCGGUCCUUGGGCCAAGCGGAUCCCCUUUAUUACAUAGUCUCUGUAAGGAGAAAACCCUGGACAAUAACUCACCAGCAAUAAAAACGCCCCACCAGGUACAUGCUGCAAAGUCUUUACUGGACAAGUUCCGAGGAACAGACUCUGAUAUCCCCAGCAGCAAGGACUCUGAUGACUCCAAUGAAGAAGAUGACGAUGAGGAUGAUGACGAGGAUGAUGAAGAGGAAGACGAAGAGGAUGAAGACGAUGAUUCAGACAGUCAGUCUGAGUCUGACAGCAAUUCAGAAUCUGACUCGGAGGGAUCGGAAGACGAUGAUGAUAAGGAUGAAUCUGACAGUGACACUGAAGGAGAGAAAGUGAAGUUCAACAAAACGACUCCAUCUACGAACAGCACAGCAAACAGCAUCGCAGCCCACUCCACACCCCUGAACCUGCAAGUGAUAAAGAGUCCAAGCUCUGCUCCUGCCGCCCUGUGCCCCGAUACACCGUCCUCUGACUUCCACAGCUCCUCUGCCACUCUCAGCCCCAGCACGCCAUGCGGUUCUGCCAAGCGGCGAAGAGUAACAGAUGAGCGUGAAUUGCGUAUCCCAUUGGAGUAUGGCUGGCAACGAGAAACGAGAUUAAAGAACGUCGGUGGACGGCUGCAGGGAGAAGUGAAUUAUUUUGCUCCAUGCGGAAAGAAAUUCCGUCAAUAUCCAGAAGUUAUGAAGGGACUGCAAUGGUGUCUUCUAAACGAGGAGGAAAUUGUUCCACGUAUCAGAGCAAUGGAAGGACGCAGGGGACGACCGCCUAAUCCAGAGAGGCAGCUUGCUAGAGAGGAAUCAAGGCUGAGACGCAGGAAAGGACGACCGCCAAAUGUGGGAAACCCUGAUUUUGCUGUGAACGAUGAAGCGAAGCUCUUCAGAAAGCUUCAAGCACAAGAAAUCGCCAGACAAGCUGCACAAAUAAAACUUCUGCGAAAGCUUCAGAAACAAGAACAAGCGCGCGCAGCGAAAGAGGCAAAGAAACAACAAGCUAUUAUGGCGGCAGAAGAGAAACGGAAACAAAAAGAGCAAAUUAAGAUGAUGAAGCAACAGGAAAAAAUCAAGAGAAUUGAGCAGAUACGAAUGGAAAAAGAACUACGAGCCCAACAAAUUCUGGAGGCUAAAAAGAAAAGGAAAGAAGACGCAGCAAAUGCCAAAAUAUUGGAGGCCGAGAAACGAAUAAAGGAGAAGGAAAUGCGACGCCAGCAGGCCGUUCUCUUGAAGCACCAGGAGUUGGAGAGGCAUAGACUAGAUAUGGAACGAGAGAGGAGAAGGCAGCACAUAAUGCUUCUGAAGGCUGUAGAAGCUCGUAAAAAGGCAGAGGAGAGAGAACGUUUAAAACAAGAAAAACAAGAUGAGAAACGCCUGAAUAAGGAGCGUAAACUUGAACAACGUCGCUUAGAACUGGAACUGGCCAAGGAACUGAAGAAGCCAACUGAAGAUAUGUGUUUGGCUGACCAGAAGCCCUUGCCAGAACUUCUACGUAUCCCGGGAUUGAUCCUGUCUGGUAGCACAUUCUCCAAUUGUCUCAUGGUGGUACAGUUCCUCCGUAACUUUGGAAAAGUAUUGGACUUUGACAUUCAUAAAGAUAUCCCAUCUUUAAACAUCUUUCAAGAAGGCUUAUUAAAUAUGGGGGAGAGCCUGGGAGAGGUUUUAGAUUUGCUAGUAAGACUCCUAUCUGCUGCCGUGUGUGAUCCCGGAGUCCCACCAGGAUACAAGGCCAAAACCGCCCUUGGGGAACAUUUGAUGAACAUCGGCAUCAAUCGUGACAACGUGUCUGAGAUCCUUCAGAUCUAUAUGGAGGCGCAUUGUGGGCAGACUGAAUUCACCGAAAGUCUUAAGACCAAAUGCUUCCAAGCACAUACCCCAGCAGAAAAGGCAUCAGUGUUUGCUUUUCUGGUUAAUGAACUUGCCUGCAGCAAAAGUGUUGUUAGUGAAAUUGACAAAAGUUUAGACCACAUGUCCAAUCUCAGGAGAGACAAGUGGAUGGUGGAAGGCAAGCUUCGCAAGCUGAGAAUAAUACAUGCAAAGAAAACUGGAAAGCGAGACUCCAUUGCAGGCCCCGAAGGUGCAGAUGAGCACCCUUUAUUGGGCACCCCCACACCUGGCAGGAAACGAAGACGGAAGGGCACAGAUAGUGACUUUGAUGAUGACGAUGAGGAUGACACUGAUGACCCAGCAGAUGAAGACGAAGAAGAGGACGACGAUAAAAAAGGGAAAAAGUCUCAGAGCUGUGAUGAUGAGGACGAUGGGGAUCAGACGGCAACUGUAGAAGAACUGGAGAAACAGAUUGAAAAGCUUCUGAAGCAACAAAACCAGUACAGGAAGAAGCUGUUUGAAUCAUCUCAUUCCUUGCGCUCUAUGAUGUUUGGGCAAGAUCGGUACCGGCGUAGGUACUGGAUUCUUCCACAGUGCGGUGGCAUAUUUGUGGAAGGCAUGGAGAGUGGUGAAGGUCCAGAAGAAAUGGCAAAAGAGAGGGAGAGGAAACGCCAAGCAGAAACCAUCCAGAUAAAAGAAGAAGCCAUUGAGAGCUGUGACGAGAAACCUAACUGCGUGAACACCAGCGCUGCGGAACAGAAAUGUCUCAAGGAUAAAGACAGCACCAAUUUAUUUCUCCAAAAACCUGGAUCCUUUUCUAAACUGAGCAAAUUGCUAGAAGUAGCCAAAAUGCCCCCUGAGAUCGACUUUAUAACCCCGAAAGCAAGUGUUUCACCAAACGGCUGCCCUGUGCCUUUCCAGCAUAAUGCCAGGAGCACACCCAUCCACCUGCAGGCCAGCACUUCCCAAUGUAACCCCGAAAAGACAGACUUGAACCCAUUCAGUCCUAUAGUCAGUGGUGCUGGAAAGUUUUACCACUCCCCCAUAAUUCCCAAUGAACAGCUGCUGAAAACUCUUACCGACAAGAGCCGACAGUGGUUCAGUCUUCUUCCUCGGACGCCCUGCGAUGACACUUCAGUAACACACGUAGAGUAUUCCACCUCAGUAGCGACUACCAGCCAAUCUCAGCAACCAUCUCAGUCUCCUUCACCAGUGCCAUCCCCGGGCAUGAACUCCUCUUCUGUACAGAAUAGUUUGGGACUCAGUCCAUUCACCAUGUCUCCACUUCAGAUGAAGCCUGGUUUACCUCUCAUGGGACUACAGUUUUACGGAUGGCCGUCACCAGUAGCGCCAGGAAAUCUCCCUUUUUCUUCUCCAAUGCCAAGUUUUGGACUUGGAUUGGCUGAAGGAAAUGGGCACGCUUUCAUCACCCCAAAUGCUCAAACCAGCAAAAGUGAAUCUCCUGUGCCACAAAGUGACAAAUCUGUCUGCACCCCAUCUCCUGCUGUGGAGUUACCCAAACAGGUGGAUUUUGCUAGCCCUCGACCAAUUCCAGAAGAAAUGCAGUUUGGCUGGUGGAGAAUCACAGAUCCAGACGAUCUGAAAUCUCUCUUGAAAGUAUUGAAUCUUCGAGGUAUACGAGAGAAGUCUUUACAGAAGCAAAUUCAGAAGCACUUAGACUACAUCACCCAAGCCUGUCUAAAAAAUAGAGAUUCGAUCAUAGACACAAAAGGACACGAUCAUGGAGAACUGACGAGAGACGUGGUGGAGAACUGGUGCAUGGAGGAUCACGAAAUGGAGGUGGAUAUCGCCAUUCUCCAGCAGGUGGAAGAUCUGGAGAGACGAGUGGCUUCUGCUAGUCUGCAAGUGAAGGGCUGGAUGUGCCCGGAGCUCGAUUCUGAGAGGGAAGACUUGGUUUAUCACGAACAUAAACCUGUUGCCAAAUGGCAUAAGGAACAUGAUGGAGACCACACAGGAGAUGAAGGCCGCAAUGCAUGUUCUAUAGAACGGAAGAGUGACAACCCACUAGAUAUAGCUGUAACCAGGCUGACUGACUUGGAGAGGAACAUUGAGAGAAGGUAUCUGAAGAGCCCCUUAAGUACCACCAUUCAGAUCAAACUGGAUAAUGUGGGCACAGUUACUGUCCCUGCUCCUGCACCAUCUAUUAGUGGUGAUGGUGACGGGACUGAAGAUGACAUUGCUCCAGGUCUGAAGAUCUGGAGGAAAGCGCUGUCUGAGGCCCGAAGUGCCGCACAAGUAUCACUCUGCAUUCAGCAGCUGCAGAAAUCUAUUGCCUGGGAGAAAUCCAUCAUGAAAGUUUACUGCCAAAUAUGCCGCAAAGGUGACAACGAGGAAUUGCUGCUUUUAUGUGACGGUUGUGAUAAAGGUUGUCACACCUACUGCCAUCGGCCCAAAAUCACAGCUAUUCCAGAAGGCGACUGGUUCUGCCCUGCCUGUAUUGCUAAGGCAAGUGGGCAUACUUUAAAAAUGAAGAAGGCCAGUCUCAAAGGGAAGAAAGGCUCUGAACCGAAAAAAGGAAAGAAAGCAUCAGGGGACGCCGAAGAUGAAGAUGCAACUACAGGUUCUAGCAAAAAAGGCAGCAAGGACUCCAAAAAAAGGAAAGCGGAUGAAAAUAACGUUAGUCCUGCAAAACAGGAAAGUUCCCCAGCCACCAAGAAAUCUAAAACCCCAGUCAAAGACGACUCUAAGGAUCUGGGUCUCUGUAGUAUAAUCUUGUCUGAAAUGGAGUCUCAUGAGGACGCUUGGCCUUUUUUGCUUCCUGUUAACUUGAAACUGGUUCCUGGUUACAAAAAAGUCAUCAAGAAACCUAUGGACUUUGCAACCAUCAGAGAAAAGCUGAGCAAUGGGCAAUACCCAAAUUUUGAGGCUUUUGCACUGGACGUCAGACUUGUCUUUAACAACUGUGAAACAUUUAACGAAGACGAUUCUGAAAUCGGCAGAGCUGGACACAAAAUGCGGAUACAUUUUGAGAGAAGAUGGAUGGAAAUUUUCCACAUGACUUGAAACCAUUUGACGAUACUUUAUCCUGAUAACAGCAAGACCAGCAAUGUGCAUGAUAGCUACACAUCCGAGACCGAGGCGUCAUCAAUACAAGUCACAGGUUCCAACCUCAAUCCUACGAUGACGAUAACCCUUUUUCCAUUUUUGUUUCGUUUUAUUUUGUUUGCGUGUACGUUUCAUCGACCACUCCUGUCCUGUCGCGCAGGGGGCGUACACUCAAAUCAAAACCGAAAACUAAAAAAAAAAAGGGUGUCAUAGUGCAAUAGGUAAUAAAAUAUAUCGAAACGCACUGAUUCUUCAUCCACCAGAGCUGUACUGAGGACAUGGUUACCCAUUCCUUUUCAAUAAAUAUCUAUUUUUUAUUGUUUAAUAUUAUUAUUUUGUUAUAUUUUUAUUACUUUGUAGCUUCCUGUUAGUGAAUGUAUUUAAUUUUAUGAAUUAUUUAUGAUUAAACAACAGACCGAAUCUUCGUUUUCUGUGAAAAGGAAGACUAGAAAAUAAAAUAAAAUAAAAAAAUUGCUUUAACUCUUGAAAAUACAAGAAUGUUAAGAAAUUAAAUAAAAAAAAUAAAAAUUUUAAAAAAUGGAAUAAAAAUAAAACAAGCCAAGUAAAACUGUUUACACAGAAGUGCUGAAACGGCACUGGAACGGAACUUUACUGUAAAGUUACAAGAACAUUUAUAUAUAUUCAUUGCUGCAUCACUCAUAUAGGUAAAUUGUAUUUCAAGAUGGUGAAGACGAAAGGAAAACUAUGUAUAUAGUGUUCACUAUUGUUUAUAUUAAGUCUUGUUUAAAUCUGUAUGAUGUGUACAUAUUGUUUGCUGGCAUCAGAUAUGAUGUCUGUUUUAGAAGGAUUGUAGCAUUUUAUUUUAGUUAGGUGAAUAUUAACCUAUAACCUGUACAGUAUCCUCUACAAACACUGUGGCGUCUCCCUGACAUUGGUAGUGCCUGCCUUCAAAACAGGGUGUAGGGGAUAUGAUAUUGUGGUUUGUUUGUUUUUUUUGUUUGUGUUUUUUUUUAUUUUAUAUAUAUAUUAUUUUGUUUUAUGUUUUUUUCUAUGAUUAUUAUUAUAUUUGAUUUAUUUUAUUUUCAUUUAUUGUCAUAUCAUUUGAAGCCAAGUAGGCCUGAAAAAAAAAAAAAAGUAUAAUCAUUUGUAUCCAUGUGAAAUUAAAACGUGUGACAAAUUUCCUACACGCAGUAUUUUUUCAUAGAUGCAUUUCCCGUCAUUCGCCUCGCCACUGAAAUGAUGAUAAUAAAAGGAAAAAAAAAAAACAAACAAAAAAAAUAAAACAAAGACAAAAAACCACCACAAAGACAUUUGUAACCACUGUGUUUUAUCUACUGUGUGGUAUGGUGGCCUGUCAGAGGCAAGGAGAUCAGACAUUUUUUGUACCAAUUGUACUUGAAGUUGUUUUAUUUAAAGCAAAAAUGUUGUGAAAAGGGUAGUUUUUUUCACUAGUUUGUGUGGCACGGAUACAAUAAACGACUGUUUUGCAAUA